AGUAUAUACGUCACGGUUUGACGUAGCAACGCUGUUUGUGACUUGCGAAAUGGAGAUAGGAGGUGUUCGGGAAAAACAAGCCUCUUUAUUUGAGGAUUUUUGUACUUAAAUAAAACCGAAACAUCGGCUGGAUACUAACAUACACCUCAUGAAAUGCAGCACUCGGUAGGAUGAUCAGGAAUCAAGAAGAAGUAGAGUUUGUUGCAGUGCGGGUCCAAGAUCCCCGCGUUCAGAACGAAGGCUCGUGGAAUUCACAUGUGGAUUAUAAAAUAUUCCUACAUACCAACAGUAAAGCCUUCACAGCCAAGACGUCCUGCGUGCGUCGGCGCUACAGUGAGUUUGUCUGGCUCAAGAAGCAGCUUCAGAAGAAUUCUGGUUUGGUGCCAGUCCCAGACCUUCCGGGAAAGUCCUUCUUCUCCUUCAGCAAUGAGGACUUCCUGGAGAGGAGAAGGAAAGGACUUCAGGCCUUCUUGGACAAAGUGCUGCACAUGACAGUAUGUCUGUCAGACAGCCAGCUCCACCUCUUCCUGCAGACCCAGCUGCCAGUCGGUCACAUCCAGGACUGCGUGCAGGGCCACACUCCCUACUCUGUGACGGACGCCAUCCUCACCUACGCCUCGUCCAAUCGGGGGUUUGCUCAGGCUCAGGAGGAGGAUUCAAUCAAGGAGCCAAGCUUGACAGUUUCUUAUGAGUCCAUGGAAAGUCCAACUCCUCAUCAACCUAACAUACAAACUAAGGAGAUCUUCAGCCCUGAGCUUUUCUCAUGUAGUGACUCUGACCCUCUUGUUGGUUUACUGGAGCUCUGUGAUCAGGACACAGCUGAGUUACAGUACAAGGAGAAAUCCUCAAUAAUGGUCCUCCAGAAGAACAACCAUCUAGAGGCCAUUGUUGAGGGCCGUGGCCCGACAGAAGCAACCUUUUUUAUAGCCGACAGCCCGGAUGACCCUGAGAGUCUCAGCCUUCCAGAACAGAGCCAGCAGAGGAGCUGCCAGAUACAGACACCAGUGUUAGUGCACUCGCCCAUGGGGACUGGCUUUGAGGAGAACUGUGGGGUGGACAGCGUGUUUGAGGAGUGUUCAUUAAGAGAGGAGAGCGUUAGGACUGUUCCUCAUCCAAACACAGAGGAGGAGGCUGAUCAACGGGAAAGUUCUGAGGAGGAAAGUAUAGAAAAGGUCGACUCUGAGCCCGAAAAAUGUGUGGAUUCUGUAGCAAUUUUAGAUUUUAAGGACAGUGACGCCAAAUCUCAGGAGGUAGUUCUGGAAGACGUCUGCUCUGAGAAGCAGGUUUUAGAAAAUCGUGUCAUCUCUGAGGUUAAUGGUCUCGAGCACGUUGGUAGCACUGAGAGUCACGUUGAAGAUGUCAGCUGUCUGGAGGAGUUUAAGACCUCAGACGGGCAAAACAACGAAAAAAGUGAUGACUCUGAGAGCAAACAGGCGACCCCACUUGAGUCAGAAAUCCAUGAAGCGACUGACAAUGUGCACAGUGUCCCAGAGGUGGAAAAUGGCGGCGAUGACACCGUUCAACAAAUGGACCAAAAGCAAGUUGAACAGGAAGUGGAUUUGGUUGGGACCAGAGACGAGAGCGACGAGGACAGCCACUCACUGCCAUCUUCCAACGAGAGCAUCGUCACGGUCAGCGAUGAAGAAAGCAUUUGUGACGAGACCGAGGACUCGAUCCGGGCUGCAAACGGCUACAUGAAGACGUCUCCUGAGGAGGUCACUCACCGGUCACAAGUAGAGGCCUCCAGUAGAAACAUUUUGGACCUACACAUGAAUGGAUGCCCCGUGGAAAAAGAGGACAUUCCCGCCCAGGAGGACGAGGACCUGCGAUACAUGACUGACAUCGGUGACUUGAGUAAAUCUCUGACCCUUAACUCAACUGUAACUGGUGGAGAUUUGACUGAAAGUAGUGACUUCAGCAUCUUAGAGACCAGCUGCACGCCUGGAUUAGAUGAUAGUAAAUGUACAGAGCAGGAAACCUUGUCCUCGCUGUCUCUGGACGCCUGAGAGGACAGUCACGAGGUGGAGGUGCAUUAGUUAAACAGGUGACUCACACCUACACUCCAUGAAACCGCAUGGGGGGUACCGUAUAAUUUAAACCUUGUGCUGUCACGCAUGUUGUAGGUCUAACUUAGAUUUUUUUUAAUAGGGUAUAUUUAAUUUUAAAAUUUACAUCUUCAUCUACACUCAGGAACACUAAUUAUUGGUUUUUCUCCUCUAACUGGCUCCUCUGCCAUGCAUGAUGAUUGGCUUUUUGGGAACAGCAGAGGGUGCUCAAGUUCACAAAAAGGAUACAUGCAUCUUUGAUUGGGAUGAUUCAUCCAUAUAAAGAUAUAUAAAAAAGAUUUUAUUGUUGUGUAAACAGAUAAAAUUAACAUUUUUGAAAUCACAUUGUAAGUUUAAUGUGAUUGCUCUAAAAUUUAGUCAUGUUGUUUUGCGGAGUACUUCUACUACUACUAAUCACGAAACAUUUGAGAGACAAAUUAUGAUGGAAAUAUACACUGAAAUUAAAAAAAAUGGAUUCACAUUUUUUCAAGUCUAUGUCAACCCUCACAUGUCCGUAUGUAGUUUUGGGUUGCUGUAAUUGUUCCUACUGUCCAUACUGACUCGAGAGAUAGAUAGAUGAGAAAUUUAAAACUCCACAGUCUUCAUUCUAUCCAAAAAUGCUUUCUGAAGUUGAGCUGAGGUAGACAAAUCAAGUGGGUUUCUUCUAAUGUCACAGCCUAUUUAGGACCAAUUUCUGUAUUUCCAGUGUUUCCUCACUUUAGGAAGGGAUCUCUUCACGGCCAGUAUGGACAGGAGGAACAAUUACAGCAACCCAAAACUGUUUCAGUGUACGUGUUGGCAUGUGUGUAUUGUUUUAAGACCGACUUGAAAAGAUCCGUCUUUAAAGUCACUGCAGAAUCACGCACAGCUAUUCUCGCACAGCCUCACUUAAUGUGAAACCCAUAAAAAUCACUGUAUUAUUUAAACUCAACAACUGUGUCCUACUGAAUCCUGAUAAAGUUUAUAGCUGAUAUAACUCAGCUAACGCAGGAUGGCUUGCUUUGUCUUCAGAUAUCAGAGAUCAACAUUAAACCAGUUUAGUUAGAACACGAGUUCUGCUCUGAACAAAUCAUGUUUUAUAGGCAGCAGUGUUGACCUGAUAUGUAUUAUCAGAUGGUGGAUCAAAGAGGGAAAAGAAAAGAUAUUUUAGCCCAACAAAGCACAAAUAAAUAUUUGGUUAUGUUCAGAAGAAAUUUGAUGAUUACGAUAAAAAUGAUCAGAAUACGAAUUUGCAGUGUGGCAACAACAGAAGCAAGCAGUGAAUAAGAUUGAAACAGUAUUUUAUUCACCUGGGAACCCCUGUGCAAUACCGACACCUUUUCAGUCUUGUGAUCUUAAUAAUGAUGUGUAUUCUUUUAACAUAGUCUGCUCUUUUACUGGAUUUUUUUCUUCUUAGUGUGGUGAUCAAAACUCCCUAAAGAGGAAACGGAUGAAUCACAUGUGUAGGGCGACACCAUGGUUCACAUACACUCAGCUUUAUCAUUGUCAGUCUGGGUGUCAUAUCAGGUAGGCUGUCCCCCCCCAGUUAUUUAUUUCAUGUUAGAGGCUAUAUUGCUUUUACCCAACAUGUUUUCUAACUAACGACAGUUGGUUAAGGUGAACAUGUGUUUUUUUGUUAAAUCACAGCCUACAUUUAAAAGUAUAUUUGUCGUGCCAUGUUCUGUGAGCGCUGCCAGUUAGUUUGAAACUUUUGUAAGAUGGCUACAGUUUGACCUUGACAUUGUUUUCACACACACACACUUCUGCUUGUGAUUCUAAUUAUUUUUGUUGCAUUUAAAAAAAGGGACCCAGAGUUUAUUGUGCACAUAGAAAUGAGCCUCGUCACUCAUCCCGGGUCACAGCCGUGGGAUCAAGUUGUUUGAUUGUAGAGGACUGGGUUUUGCUUUCUUUCUACACUGUAAAUGAGUUCAGGUAUUUUUAUUUUUUUGCAAAGUUGAGUUGCUUUUUAAAAAGUUUUUUGAAAAUAAUGUUCAGAGGCAAACACCCCCUUCCAAAGAGACCUAUUUUAUAACAUGGAUCUACAAGGGCAAUGACAACAACCUGAGUGAUGAUGUCCGUGUAAAUGCAAACUAUAAUCUAAUCUUAUUUCAAAUAAAUAGUUGUCUUCUUUA